AUGUCUUCCACAACCGCACCCCAGACAGUCGAGAAACUUAUGGCUGUCUUCGCACAGUUUGGACUAACCGAAGAAGUGGUGACUGAUGGAGGCCCCCAGUUUCGAAGUGAGGAGUUCAAGAACUUCUUGAAGAACCAAGGAGUGGUGCACACCAUGACGCCACCCUACCACCCGGCUUCGAAUGGCGCCGCGGAGAGGGCUGUGCAAACAGCCAAGCGAGCGCUGCUCAAGCAAGUACUUGAAGACGACCUCCAAGAGAAGAGAAGGAGUAUCCAGAAGAAGUUGUCGUGUUUUCUACUUGCCUACCGGACGACACUACACACAAGUACUGGAAAGGCCCCUGCAGAGCUGUUCCUGGGACGGCUUCCGCGAACCCGACUGUCGCAGCUCAAGCCAGGUGCAACGUCCCUUUCACGACGAGAGAAGCAAAACAAGAAAAAGGAGCUGGCUGACAAGCGCAAAGGUCCAACGAAACUCUUUCAAGUGGGUGACAGAGCUUGGGUCAGAAAUGUGAGGGGGAAGUGA